AACAUUUCCAAGUGCUUCUGCCCCUAUUGCCUAUCGAAAACAAAAUGGUUGCUGCGCGAUUGUAUGAGGCCCAGGCCUAAAAACGUCGCCUUCAUCGUAUACAGAAAAGUUGGGCCUUACUACGCUUCAUUUUGCAUGAUUCUCGGGUGUUUGAAAUCGCGCUGGUUCUGCUAUUUUUGUGUGGUGCGAUUCGUGCAGGGUCCGUGUUCGCAUUGUGCAUUUGUUAAGUGAGAAAUUGGCGGUCAAAUUGCGUGAGGAAAAACAAUCUAAACACGAGGUCGUCCGACGGCAGUGAGGUGAUCGCCAAUUAGCGACGGACGGAACAACCAAAAUACGCGAGAGACGAAAGCGUUUUCCGUGGAUAUUCCGUGUUUGCCGGUUGUUUUUUGGAUAAUUAAUGGGAAAUGUUGGGUAACUGGCGGCGGAGGACGUUUUUGGGUGCUUGAAAGUGAGAUUUUGGACGGGCCGAGGCGGAAAAGUGAAAAUAAAAGUGAACUAUUGACGUUUCGCGGACGGUGUUUUUGUUGUUGUUUCGGUGGUCCGUGCAGUGGGGCGCCAAAUCGCCAGGUGAGAAUCUGACACUGGCGAUCGUUCUUGGACUUUGAGAAAGCGUCGAAGUGUUCUUUUCGCGGCUCGUUCCGACCGUGCUGAGGUCUCCGGACGAUCGUUUGUACGAGGAGUGUUCGCAGCCAGGGAGGUCUGUUGGAACCACCCCCGGACAGAGGAGCGCCAUUGCAGCCCCGAUCGCAAACACGUUGCAGAGUCCAUUGCGGACCUAUUUUCGUUUCAGUUCAUUUUUUUUAAUUUUUUGUUUGAAUAAUUUUUGUUGAUAUUGAGAAUAUUGAUUACCUCUCGCGGAUGGUAAUGAGGCGAACUACUUAAACCAAUCUAAUCGGCCAGGAUGAAGGAGAUGGUCGGCGGUUGCUGUGUAUGUUCAGACGAGCGGGGGUGGCCGGAAAACCCACUUGUUUAUUGCGAUGGUCAAAAUUGUACGGUAGCCGUGCAUCAGGCAUGCUACGGUAUUGUUACCGUACCAACAGGACCAUGGUAUUGCCGGAAAUGUGAAAGUCAGGAGAGGUCAGCUCGAGUCCGAUGUGAGCUAUGCCCAUCGCGAGAUGGGGCACUCAAAAAAACGGAUAAUCAAGGAUGGGCACAUGUCGUAUGUGCCCUGUACAUCCCGGAAGUUCGCUUCGGGAAUGUGACGACGAUGGAACCGAUUAUUUUACAAUUAAUUCCACCGGAAAGAUAUGCAAAGACAUGCUAUAUCUGCCAAGAGAUUGGCAAAGGUAAUCGCGCUACCGUCGGCGCUUGUAUGCAAUGCAACAAGUCGGGUUGUAAGCAGCAGUUUCAUGUCACUUGCGCACAGGGAUUGGGGCUCCUUUGUGAGGAAGCUGGCAAUUAUUUGGAUAACGUGAAAUAUUGUGGUUAUUGUCAGCAUCAUUAUAGCAAAUUGAAAAAGGGCGGAAACGUUAAAACUAUCCCACCUUAUAAGCCUGUUACUCAUGAAUCCGCCUCCAGCGAUGGAACCUUAUCACCCGAAAAAGAAAUAGAUCCUGCUCCAACGGUAUCGGCAUCUGUUACUGUUAGCCUAAAGAGCAAUUCUAGCCAAUCGGGUAGUUCGUCAACAUUAAACUCGUCGUCUUCGUCAUCAUCAUCCUCGAAGCAACGUAAAUCGGGUAGCAAUAAAUUAACAGGUUCUUCGUCAUCUUCAUCGACAUCGAAUAAUGCUGGUGGUAGCUUAGGUGGUAGCAGUAGCGGGGCGAAUAUUGCCCCUUCGUCUUCGACGUCGGGUAGUAGUAAGAGUAUUUCAAGUAGUUCGGGUAGCUCUAAGGAUAAAGACAAACAUAGCAAAAGUCUGAAUAAGAUAUCGAGUUCAAGUAAGAACCAAGAUAAGGAAUCGUCAUCGUCAUCCACCUCGUCCUCAACUCGAGAUAAAUCGAAGUCUUCAAAGAGUAAUAAAGACAGCAGUUUGAACAUAGAUCAUGGAAGCGCAAGUGCUUCAGCUGUGUCAUCUGCGACUAUUUCAGCUUCUAAUUUAUCGAUUGGAGUUAACCAGUCUCUCAGUAAUAAAGACAAUUUGGGUCAGAAAUUUACAACGCACAAUUUUACGGAAAGCGUUGUGAUGAAUUCGGAGUCAGUAUUUGGAGGAAAUAAUGAUAAACAGCCUUCAUCUUCACCGAGUACGGGAAGUACGAAUCCGUCGUCGUCAUCUACUUCAUCAAAUCGUGAUAGUAAAAGUUCAUCGUCAUCGAGUGGCGGUGGAAGCGGAUCAUCCGGAAAGAAGCGUAAAGCAGAUUCAUCGAAACUGUCUUCAUCGAGUUCUUCCAACAAUCUUAACAGUGCUAGCUCAACGGACGCGCUCGAUUUAAACAAUCAUCCUUUGGCCCUCAGGGAUAUCAUCAAAGAUGUUUCGGUUACGUUGAUUCCAUUGCCUAUGAAUAAAAGACAGGAUGUCGGCGGUAACGAAGGUAGCAGUGAGAAAAUUUCGAUUAGCAAAAAGCCAAAAACAGACACAUCGAAUUCCUCUCCGCAUCACGAUGUCAGUUCACAAGGCAUCAGCCAAAAUUUAUCGGGAGGUCAGGUACCUAGUGGAAGUAUAUCAAUAAAACAAGCAAUUUCGCAAGUGAACAGCGGGAUUAGUAGCAUACAGCCAUCUUCCGGCAAUGUGAACAGUAGUGCCAGUAGUACCUCAAUACAAUCCCACAUAAAGCCGGCGAUCCUGAAAGACAUAGCCGACAGUCGCAAUCGAUCGAGUUCCCCAUACAACUCGUCCGCUGCUAACCCGUCAGGUAGUGGGACACCGAGUCUUUAUGUUUCAGUGCCACUUUCAAAUGCUAAUGUACCUGGAAUAAAUUUACCUUCUGCAUCUGCGAAUGACCAUGUAACACAAACCAGUCGAAGUAGUCCGCUCGUGAAUCAUUCGCAUCAUCAGUCAAAUAGCACGUUAAGUCAACCAUCGGUCAUAGAACGGCAAUCACCUCGAAUAUUGCAAAAUCAGUCACUUCAUUUGGCUGACCAUACAACGUCAAAUUCGAUUCUGCCUUCAUCGGCUUCAUUGCAUCAUACGUCAAACAUGUCGCCAACACUUAAUCCACGAUCGGAUCCAUCAGCAAUGGACACUUCGGGUUUAAAGAUUGCUUACGAAAAACAGAAAUUUCGUUCAACACCUAUUCAAGAUCAAGAUCAAUUACCUGCCAGACGAUCAAGAUCACAAUCGGGAGAUAGUAGCGGGAAAUCUUCACGCUCAGGAAAAAAGCGUUCAGCAGCGGGAAGUUCUACGACGACUAGUACGUCGACAUCCUCGACUAGUUCACCUGCAUCAAUGCCAUCAACAUCGGCAGCGUUGCCAACUGGCAGUAAUACGGAAGGAAGCGAGAGCGCAAACGCUGCACCGGUGGCGCCAUCAGGAAACUCAAAAAAUCAACCUCAGUCUAAUAAAUAUAAUAAUAAUUCUAAUAACUCAAGUGAUGCCUCGAGCUCAGUUAACAAUAUAAAAGGAAGUAAUAGUAGCAGUGCUGUAUUGGAUACUCUACCUCCAACAGCGAACAAUAGUAGUGCCCCUCCAAACAUGAAGCAAAUGAAUAAAAAAAUGUUGAGGGCACAACAGUCGCAACAACAACAACCGCCACACCACAGUACACCUCCACCCCAAUUGCAGAUUCCUCAAGUACAGCCGCAGCAGCAUAGUGCAGCUGCACCUUCUUGUUCUACUGCUUCUAUUACCUCUACAACAACUUUAAUUCAAAGCGAAGAAAACAACCCAUCAAAUUCAACGUCAUCUUCUAAUUCUAGAACGCCAGACAAUGUGAACUUAUCGACUUUGACGAGCAGUACAGCGGCCUCGACGACACCUUUGGGUGGUGGGAGUAGUAGUACUAAAGAUAGCGGAGGGGGUUUAAAAUUCAUUUAUGAAUCACAAACCGGUAGCGGACCUAUGAGUAAUCAAUCUAUAAGCCCCAGCCCACUUCCAAUGGAUCCUGUUGUUAAGGAUUCACCGCCGAGUUCGCCUGGUUCGGAAGCCGGGUCAUCUCGAAAGCGUGGUCGAAAGUCGGCCGAAUCUAAAGAUAACAUGAAAAUGUUCUUCCAAAAUGGAGUACAUGCAACACAUAUGCUUGGUAAUCAGCUUAAUCCAGCUAGUAGCGUUGCACAAAAGAUGUCGGACCAACUACAUAUGGAAAUCGAAGCGCACAGUAUUUACACACAAUCAAAUGAUGCGGGACCACAACUGAUAGGCGUUCCUUUACCAGGCAAAGGAAGUACACGGAAUUCUAGCCAAUCAGCCGGUACAAAUUCGUUGUCAUCAAUGUUGAGUGGGUCAAAUUCCAACACAACCACCGGAAAUACGCCUCAAAGUUUAGAGCAAUUACUGGAACGACAGUGGGAGCAAGGAUCUCAGUUUCUUAUGGAGCAAGCGCAGCAUUUUGAUAUUGCAUCCCUACUGUCCUGCCUGCAUCAACUGCGAACGGAGAAUGUAAGACUAGAAGAACAUGUGAAUAACUUAAUAGCAAGACGAGACCACUUAUUAGCUGUGAAUGCAAGAUUAGCGAUACCCCUCAAUCCAACUGUUCCGCCGAAUGCAACUCUGAACAAUAUGCAUAUGAACGGUCCGUCGAACGAUACCGUUUCGUCACGCCUUUCAAGGGUGAGCGCUCAUUACAAUGCCCAACAGCAGCAACAGCAACAACCAAACCUUCCCGUGGAGAAUGGAAUCGAUUUUCGACAUUCGUCACAUCCAGCUUCAUCCAACAAUCCAUCAUCGAUUAGUAGACAUUCAUCUGCAAAUUUAAAUUAUUCUUCCUCCACCUCAUCCGUUCAUAAUCAACAACAAUCACAACAUAGUGUUUUGUCGUCACCGGCAUCCUCAUCAACAUCAUCAAAUAAUAGACAACAACAACAACCGCACCAGCAACAACAACCACCGCUUCCACAUCCCCAUUCGCAACAUCAGCAAUUGUCAAAUGUAGCAGGCGCAUCCUCAUCAUCGGGAGCUCCAUCGAUGAAUGCCCAAUCUAUGGCUGAUGCACAUUCACUGAUACGUGGGAGUGGAAGUGGUCGUGGAGCGAGUGGUUCCAGCUCCAUUUUGAAUUCUUCAUCGAAUAAUUCGACCAUGGGCGGUGGUUUAGUUGGAACUGGGAUCGGAGUAGGAUCGGGAGGAGGAGGAGGCGGAGGAGGAAAUAUUGGAUCAAGUUCGUAUCAUAAUGCUACUCAACAAUCUGCCGCCUAUUCGACCGUUCAUCAGUCACAACUAAGACGAGACGAUAGCCAUGCGAAGCCCAGCUGAAAAUCAUUAAGACCAAUGUUAAAUCCAACGAAAGAUCCACUGACUGUUCAACCAUCGUCGACGACAACUCUAAUGCCUGCCGCAUCGUUUUUGCCUCACCAGCAAUACUCUCACUCAACCAUUGAAAAUAAGUUAAUCAGAUUGGGACAACCAAAAUUGGCAAACGACAGAGUUGAGACGGAUAGCCUUUCGCCGUCAUCCCAAACAUCCACUCUAUCUUCGGCAACAGCUUCGACUCCAUUACCUUCGUCUUCAUCUUCCUUGUCACAAUCGCCUCCACCAACAGUCACGUCCAUGUCAUUACGAGCAGCUGAUGACUUCAUAAGAUCAAGCACUCGGAAUGCCGGGCAGUUGCACCAUCAAUCUCAACAACCAGUACAGGAAUCAAUACUUUCAUCGUCUUCAUCUUCAGUGUCGCAACGAAGUAAAUAUCCUAGAGAAACAAUUCGUAAUCCGUUCCGGACAAGCGACCUAGAAGCGUUUUUCGAAUAUCACCAACAAAUAAUGACUACUCAACAAUAUAGUGGUGAAAGGCGCAAUAGAACAUUCUCAAGACAUCAGCCUGAACAUAGCAUUCAACAGCAGGCUCGCAGGUGUGAGUUAAAGCGACGAUCCAGUCAACAUGAAGGAUUUCAACACAACAGACAAUACACCACAACAGAAUCACUGGAUGUAUCAACAUCGUCAGAAUAUAUACCCUCCAGCCAAAAAACAUCUAAAACUGUUUAUGCGAAGGGCGAGAAGUUAAACUAGAAGCGAACGGUUAUAGGUACUGAGGCACUUUCUCAUUAAAUUAAGUAAUAAAAAAAAUAUAUUUCGGAAUUCAAUGACGAUGGGCGAAAAGCAAUAAUCUAAAACUCAAAAUUGUGCAUUUUAGAAAAUCAACAUCACGAUUGUGUACGCUACAAUGUUUACUUGUAAAUAAUUAUUUUUAUACCACUCAAUCCACAAGCAACUUUGAAUGAAGAGUUUGAUAAAAACGCAUUCGUGUUUCGAUUCGUGUGCAUUGUAUGCACUUUGUAAUACAUAAUAUACUAUAAAAUGAAAAAAAAUAAAACAAUCUGACUGAAGAAAAAUAAAAUGAAAAGAAAAUUUUAGAAAAAAGAUAAUUGAUACUAUUGCUGCAUUAAAGCAGUCCAGAAUAAGUUAAAUCGAGUACACACAAAUAUCUUCACAAAUUUUGCUGACUAUAUUUUAUUCUAUUUCGAUUAUAGAAAUAUUCAGUCGAGUCGUAUAGAAUAGCCAAUUUGAAAUGAAUUUAGUAAAUUAUAUUCAUAUAGGCAAAUCGUUUAAAUAUUCAAUUUUGUUAUGUAGUGAAAAAUGCAUGUUUUAUUUGAGUUGCAGAGUUCGGUUGUCGGUAAUCUUCCUGUGUAUCAUAUUUUCGCGUCCCCAUUAGCAACUACUUUGACUUUUUCAUCAGAAAUGAUAAGUUUUCCUAAUAUAAUAGGUAAUUUAGCUGCAUCCUUUAGUUCUAUGUGUUCUACAGAAAUGGUGAAAAUAUUUUAUAAUUGCAAUUAAGGAAACAAAGUAAAAAUAAAAUAAAAAAUUAACAACUUCAAGACAUAAUUAUUUGUCGUGUUAAACAUUUAAGUUAAGCUUAAAGAAUUGUAAAGAAAUGUACAGUAUACAUAUGAGGAAGUCUAGCAGAAAAAUGUAAGAAUUAUAAAUUAUUGUAGUGAAGCGAAUUAAGGAAAAAAGCGUAUUAAUAAGUGAAAAACAAUGCUUAGAACAUAAAUUUAUGACCGUGGUAACAUUAGCCAAGUAAUUAGUAUAGAGAUUGUAAAGAUUGUCUUUCUCUUUUUGUUUUGUAAAGUGUUCUCAUUCUGAGUUUUAACUACAUUUUGUUCAUUAUUUCUAGGAUUCUUGUUUAAGAAUAAAAAAUUAUUUUUUUCAUCAA